CUUCAUCUCUCAUUCUCUUCUAUCUCCAAAAUACCCUUUCCAUUUUCCCUUUAUUUCCUCUGCCGCCCCUAGGGUUUAAUUACAUUCCCCACAUGGCUUCUGCAGAUGUCGAGUACCAGUGCUUCGUCGGAGGUCUUGCAUGGACCAUCAACGACCGUGCUCUCGAAGAAGCCUUCAGUGCUUACGGCGAGAUCGUCGAUUCGAAGAUCAUUAACGAUCGUGAGACUGGAAGAUCCAGAGGCUUUGGCUUCGUUACUUUCCGUGAUGAGAAAUCUAUGAGAGAUGCUAUUGAAGGAAUGAACGGUCGGAGUCUCGAUGGAAGGAAUAUAACCGUCAACGAAGCACAAUCUCGCCGAAGCGGCGGUGGCGGCGGCGGUGGUGGAGGAUUUGGAGGAAACGGUGGGUACAACCGUGGAGGCGGUGGAUAUGGUGGUCGCCGUGAAGGUGGAUAUGGAGGUGGUGGUUACGGAGGUGGACGCCGUGAUGGUGGUGGAUACGGUGACGGUGGAUCUCGUUACUCAGGUGGCGGCGGUUCUUGGGCUUAGGUUAAGGCGUUUUAGGGUUUGAGUGAGCUUCGGCUCUUAUUUUAGGGUUUAAUGGGUUUGCUUGUUAGUGUGUGGUUUCUAUCGAAUAUUUUUUCUUGUAUUAUCAGGAGUUUUAAAACAUAAAAGUGGAAUGAAGUAAAUGCCUUCUUUUCAA